UACAAAAAGUAUUUGUAAUGAAAAUGGCGUCGUCAUCUGAUGGGAAACUGUCAUGGGCAGCAGUCAAGACGUUAUUGACCACUUCCUACCCCAGUUUCACAAAAAAUGACUUACCAGAAUUCACAAGGCUGAUAAUAGAUAGAGAGGAAGAAAUUUUGAGCCACGAUGAAGAGCAUGAAGCGUUCUACUCCUUGUUUGUUGCACUGGCAACAAAUGCUCUCUGUUCAGUUUCGGAUUCACUUUCGAAAGCAAAUUUGGCUCAGUGUUCAGCAGCUGCCAAAGUCCUGCUAUCAUUUCUUCUGGACAGAUUGGAAACUCCCAACAGAGCCUGUGCAAUUACUCCAAAGUACAUGAUGAUUCUCAUCAACGGACUCUGCAGAGGGGGAUCUUGCUUGUCUCGCUCUGAUGUGGUGACCUUCACUUGCUUGUUUAAACCAGCAGAGCUUCCUCCUGGUGACCUUGACACUCAAGACAAAGAUGGAAGUCAAGAAAAAGACAAGACGAAAGAAAAGCUGACAAGACUAGACACUCAAACAGACCUUUUUGAUCAGAUGACAUCAGUUUUUGCUGACAUUUCACCUGUGUUGGCAUCACCACCGAAACCAGAUCUUAUGGCAGACAUGACUGAGAGGGAACCCAAAACACCAGUUUCUAUAUCAUCCCACACUACAGAUAGUCCAGAGGACUGGGGUACAGCUUUCGCUCAGAAGAACACAGACUCUCUGCUGAAGAUGAAUGGAGCACAAGUUUUGCUGGGAGCAUGUACUCAGUUGACCUUCCUGAGCAAAUAUGUACAGCGUUACAAAGAUGCCCUGAAUGGAACUGCCUUCCUGUUACCUGGAACAUUGUCACAAGCCCUCACAAUGAGAAAUGGGUAUCAGUUCUUGCUCACUGAGGUCUCUGACGUUUGGAGAGCUUUCUCCUUGCCAAUUCUGGAACCCCUCACACCAUCUCGUCUGAGGACAAUUGUCGAUGUGACUCUGGGCUGUUUGUUUGCUGCUCUGUCUGUGGCAACGGCUGACACUGUUGUCAACGUGGUGAAACCAUCUGGGCCAUCACAGUCACCUGGGGUGAAGGAUGAAGAAAUGGACAACCAAGGGCACAGCAUUGUGCAGAAAACUCUUGAAAUUUUCAGCUGGGUGUCUUCUGCCAUCAAGACAUCAACAAGAGCUGGUGGUAAUGUUGCUCAGAACCUGAAUCUGAUCGCUGCCUGGGAGACUCUGAAGGGCCUUCAAGCAAUCCUGGUCCUUACUCCAGCCAUUAUUUUGGAGAGAAAGGAUACUGUGAAAGGAAAAGCCCCCGAAGCUCUUCAGAAGAAAGAGGCUGCUUCCGGCUUGGGUCGACCAUCAUCUGCUAAAGGCAAUCACCAGUUUCUGAGCGUGACCGCUGUUGCCUUGGCCACCAAUGCCAUCUGCCUUCUCAGCCCUUUGCUGGAUGACCUUCAGAUUGAAGGCACGGAUGAAAAACUUGGGAAUAUCCCGUUGAAUACGGAGGUGGGCCUCAGCUUUGAUAUCAUGGACAACCUGACAGCGUGGGCCAGGGUGAAGGCUCUACUGGCCAGUGUCGGACUGCAAGACCUCAUGUUCAGCCUCAUGUCUGUGGCUUUCAAAAGGGCUGUGUUCUUGAAAAGAAUGAAACAAGGCUCUGAUUCUCAAGAGACCAUAAGUAGCAGCAGCACGUCUGACUCCAACACUUUUUACGAGGAUGACUUCAGCACGUCGGAGGACAGCAGUGAAGAUGAUGAUUCGGAGCCCAUUCUGGGCCACUGGAUGGAUGAAGUGCUCUCCCCAUGUGACUCUGUGAAUACUCCCCCUCCCCCGCCUCCCCCACCCCCAGCAGACGGUGUGGGUUUGGAGGGAAAAAGGCAUAGGGAGUCGAGCGUCGGAGACAGAAGUCCCAGUUUUGUACCUGAUAAAAGAGAACCAGAGGGGUUUACAACUCUUGUCAGCAGUGUGAUGAACUUUUUCAAUUCCCACUUGCUGAAUUCCAACAAUGAAAAUAUCAGAAAAAUUACAAGGGCCAGUGUCUCCCAAGAUCACAUUCUCAUGCUGGCCCAGCUGACCAGGGAACUUGAUAAGGAGUGCGCAAGACUGGACAAAGACAAAGGCUACAUCAAUGUGUCUCAUGUGCUCGCUCGGUUCACCCACAACCUCAUUGCUUCAGAUUGCCUCACAAAUGAAUUACAACAAGCUUUCCUGAAUGCCCUGGGUGUGAGUCCGACAGGUCCUGACCCAUGGCCUCUCACGGUGUACCCGCGCAGCCUGGCUGUGCUGGUUAGUCUGCUGCUGCGCAAACAGCAACACGAACGGGAAGAUAAGACGUGUCAGGAGGGGACGGCCGAUCGGGCGGUCAUCCUGAUCUGGGAUAAGUUCCUGACCAGACUUCAUGCUGCUGUGGACUGCCUGGAGAGCAAAACAGAAAUUAUGGAGGAUGUGAAUGUUGAGCACCUGCAAGUGAUGUUGUUCCUGUUCCAUGGGCUGUCUUUGUCUCAGAAGAAAUCCAUCUUGACCAAGAUCUGUCAAAUCAUCAUGCUGGUGGCAGAGAUAGAGCAUAGCCGUGUGGAGAGAAUGGUCCCCUUGGCCUUGAGCCGUCUGGUCCUGGUGCUGGAGUACAUGCUGCACUACUUCUAUGACCCGCCGGCUCAGCUCAUGGAGCAGGUCCAAUACAACCUGUUUACGGCUCAGACUGUGAGCCCAGACAAGGAAGGUUUCCACCGGACCACCAAAUACUUUGCCUGUAGGGAAGUGGAGGAGAACUUCCGCAGGAACCUGCAGAGCUCAGAGACCACUGAAGGUGCCAUGAGACCAAGAUUCUACCACCUCCGCCCACCAGAUCCUAUCAUACAAGAUGUUGGCAAAGUGGAUGGUCUGGCUGUGACAUGCCUGUUGACGCCAUCCUACAACAAAUUCUAUGCCUCGUGUGUGGAGCUCCUGAUGGCCGGCUCACAGUGCGACAAGACCAAGGACAAACUCUCCCUGUUGGAUGCAUCUGCCAUGCACUACCACUUCUUGUUGCUAUGGAGACUGCUCUCAUGUCUGGCCCCCUCUGUGGACUAUAUGAAGAUGCUGAAGGAUACAAAGAUGGACAUGGGAAAGGCGUACGUCCUGCACACUUUGCGUUGGGGGCCACGCCUCGGCCAGAAGUUUUUCUCCACCUGGGUGCAGCCGUUCCUAGUGAAGCAAGGUCUGAGCGCGAAAGAGGCGAGUGAUCUGUUGGAGUCUGCUGCAGGACUGAGCAACACCAGCAGAUACGAUGUCAUGUUGGCCAUGUCUUACAUCCGAGAUCAGAUUUCUCGACUACCUUGCGUUAGCUCAGAUGACCUUGGCCCCCAAGAUCUGCCAGGCAUGUCUGACAUUCUUAUCCUGGAUGCGAUCGUUGCCAAGUGCCAAGUGUCCCUGGAUGACAGCUACACCAAGUCUAUGGCCGACCCUGAACUGGACAAGGCUUUGGAGUUUGCUCAAGAUCUCAUCCCUGCCAUCUUCACUCUGAUUGAGGCUUACAGUGCUUUCGCAAGGUCUUGCAUACUCAACAAAGUCUCUGGCUCGGAUGACAAGAGCUUGACCCGACAAAGGCUGCGGGCUUUUGGACAAGUGCUGAGUAUUGGCUCCAACCACCCGAGUGCGGUACGGGGCCAGGGCUCUGGCGUUGUGGGCCUUCUGCCCAGUGCAGUACGCAACGCGGUGGACAAGUGGAACAACAGCGGAGGCAACGAGUUCCCCAGCAGUGGGGCCUGGAGGAAUGCCUUUGCAUCAGACCCGAUUCCAAGUGAAAGUUACAUGGAUGCCAUCCACAGUGCACACAUGGUCACAUUGUCAGGUCAGUCUCCUUUCUGCAUCAACGCUUCUCUGAGGCAUGUUCUACAGUCUCUCAUGAGAUUUGGUGGAGACCUCAUCAUUUGGUGUCCAAAGGUAUCCGGCAACACAGAGCUCCUGAAGGUGAUGUUCCCCCUGAUCCACGACGUCACCACAGAGUACCUGGGAGACAUGGUCAUGAAUUUGAAAUCCAAGGUUUCCGAUGAGUCGGCCUUUGAGGAGAAAGCAUAUCAACAUGCCAUUCAGGCUUGUGACCAGAUCAUUGUUCAGUUUUCAGAUGCAGAGAGUGGACUUGACGAGAAAAUCUUGUAUGAAUGCAUCAAGUUCUUGGAGAACAGCCUGGAAAAAAGCCCAGCAAGGAAAGCCUUCCGCAAUGUGUACACAGAGACUGGAGAUGUGACUGCUCUCUUGUUGUCUGUGGCGCAGACCAAUCUCAGUGACACAUACACCUCACAUAUCCUACGCCUCUUCAACAAACUUUUUCAACUGGCUGAGCGGGAGUCCAGUGAUGAAGACUUACGCAGUGUGUGUCACCGCCUUACUGGUCUGGCCUCUGUGGACAAGAGGAAUGUGCAGCAACUGCUCACCAAAAUUGUCAAAGGCAAUGAGAGCUCCAGCUCCGAGUCUGUUGUCAAGGAGAACAAUUUCCUGCUGCAGUCUCUGGUUGACCACAUUGUAAAGGAAAAAAGCCCAAUUGGAGAAGACGGUGUGAAGGUCAUCCUGCAGGCUCUGCUUCCCAUGGGUGCCCCGCUCCUUGAGUCGGGCAAACCGGGAGAUCUGUCCACUUUCCCUGACCUCAUGUUGGUCGUGCAUUCCCUGGCCAGGGCCGGGUCAGGGUCCGGUCAUGUCUUGCUCUUCAAGGAAACUGUCAAGUGGCUGCAUUUGUGUAAAACAAAUUUGAUGAAAAAGGAUGCUCUUGAAGAGGCUGUGAAAAAAGGAGGAAAGAAUGGCCUGCUGGCGACCCUGUGCUGCCUGUUGUUGUACAUCGGCGAGGUUCUGGGGGCCCUCAAGUGCUCGGCAGACCGGCCACGCUCCUUCUCACCUCUGCUGGAUACAGAGCCACUUCCUGUGCAGGAAGUGGAUGGAGAGUGGGCGGAGGAGAUGACGCAUGAGGAUGAGGACUCGGCCGGAGAGGACUCUGAUGAAGAAACCUUGAACAACAAACUGUGUACAUUCACUGUCACACAGAAAGAGUUCAUGAAUCAACACUGGUAUCACUGCCACACAUGCAAGAUGGUGGACGGGGUUGGCGUAUGCACCGUGUGUGCCAAAGUCUGCCACAAGGACCAUGACCUGACCUACGCCAAGUUUGGCUCGUUCUUCUGUGACUGUGGGGCCAAAGAGGAUGCCAGCUGCAAAGCCCUGGUCAAGCGCACUGCUCAGAGUGGCUUGGAUGGUGGGGUGAGCAGCUUGUCACAGUCGCCCUUUUCAGCGGAGGGCAUCAUCCAGCAGCACAGCUCCCUGAGGCGUCGUGUGUCCACCACACCCGAGGUGGAGAGCAGCAAAACUGUUGAAGGCAUCAAGUCUCUGGAGCUUAUCACCAAAGCCAGGGAGUCACUGGCUCAGCUCAUUGGGACUUACGAAGACAAGUUGCUGAGCAUAUUGAAUGCUUCUGAGACGGUGAAGAACACAGUUCAAAUCCUGGAAGAAAUUAUCCCAGCCCUGAGUGAGAGCUACCAGGAGAUGUCACCAGUUGGCAGCAGCAUGCGGGCCCAGAGGGCUCUGCGAGAUCUGCACCAGCUGCCCAAGCAGGUGGAAACCACCACAGACCAGCUCAUGACGGUGACCUUGGGCUCCCAAGAAGGGGCGUUUGAGAAUGUGCGCAUGAACUACAGCGGUGACCAGGGUCAGGCCAUCCGCCAGCUUAUCACGGCCCACAUGCUGCGCCGUGUCGCCAUGUGUGUGCUGUCCUCACCCCAGGGCAAGAGGCAACACCUGGCGGUCAGCCACGAGAAGGGCAAGAUGACUAUUCUGCAGCUGAGUGCACUGUUGAAGCAGGCUGACUCCAGCAAGAAGAAGCUGACAUUGACUCGCCUUUCGUCAGCACCAGUUCCCUUCACAGUUUUGUCAAUCACAGGAAACCCCUGUAAUGAGGACUAUCUGGCUGUUUGUGGACUCAAGGACUGCCACGUGAUGACCUUCACCAGUUCUGGUACAGUGGCGGACCAUCUUGUGUUGCACCCGUCUUUGGCCACUGGAAACUUCAUCAUCAAGGCUGUGUGGCUUCCCGGCUCCCAGACCGAGCUAGCCAUCAUCACUGCUGACUUUGUCAAGAUUUACAACCUAGCAGUGGAUGCCAUCAGCCCCCAGUACUACUUCCUGCUGCCCAGCGGCAAAAUUCGCGAUGUGACCUUCAUCUUCAAUGAUGAGAGCCGUGCCAUGGUCCUGAUGGCCUCUUCAGGUUACAUUUACACUCAAACGCUGGAGGACUCCAGCUCUGCCCGACACGGACCGUUCUACAUCACGAAUGUGCUGGAGGUCAAACAUUCUGAUCUCAAGGAUGUGAAUGGGCAAGUGGCAGGCGGGGGUGUGUCGGUGUACUACUCCCAUGCACUACAGCUGCUUUUCUUCAGUUACACACAGGGUAAGAGCUUUGCUGCCCCUGUGGCAAAGGAUUUCUCAACUGUGACCAACCUGUUUCCUAUCUCUUUCAAAAGCAGCAACGGCAGCAGCAAGGGGGGCAGCAGUCAGCCCCUUGUGUCAUGGUCGGAGGUGCCGGGUCACACAGGCCUGCUGUACUGCAUGGCCCAGGCCACCAACAACCCCAUUGUGCUCAUGGUCAAGCCACACACCAUCAUGCUGCAGGAGAUUAAAGUGCAGCCUGCCAAGGCAAAGAUCCAGGAUGUGGUUGCCAUCCGCCAUCCGGCUUCAAAUUCUGACCAGCAUCGCACCACCAUGAUCUUGUUGUGUGAAGAUGGAAGCCUGAGAAUUUACAUGGCAAACGUCGAGUCCACUAACUUCUGGAUGUCGCCGUACCUGCAGCCCCAGAGCCCCAUUUCAGUGCUGAAGCCUAUCAAGAAGAAGAGGAUUGUCAAAUCUGGUCGACCCACGAGCUCCGUGACUUUCCCUGUGGAUUUCUUUGAACACUGCCAACACUCAAACGAUGUGGAGUAUGGUGGCAAUGACAUUCUGCAAGUGUACAACAUGCAGCAAGUGAAGAGCAGACUCAACACCAGUGGCCUCUACAUUGCUAGUACCAAGCCCACUGGAUUCACUGUGGAAGUGACCAACACAAACAGCACCACAGUGAUGGUGGGUCUGCGGGUGUUGGUGGGCUCACAGAGUUCAGAGAGAGCCCCUGCCUACGUGGAGGUGUUUGGCAGAAGUACUCACGUUCAGUUGAAUUCAAGACCAAGAUGGUUUGACAUCCCUUUCACCCGCGAGGAGUCACUUACAGCAGACAAGAAGUUGAAUGUCUUUUUUGGCUGUAGUGCGGACCCCAACUCCAUCACUAUGGUGGACUCUGUGAAGAUCUACACCAAGACAAAGGAAGUGUUUGGCUGGCCGGAGGAACAGGAGGACUUUCCUGAGCCUUCUGUGGCCUCCUCCACCACCUCCAAGCUCACCAGUUCCUCCAACGGGGCCAGCAACGCUGAGGCUGAGAGUACCCCGGCUGCUCCACUCCCCAUGACUGUUGCUGACAAUUUGCUGAGCAGUGCUCUUGAGGUUUUGGAUGGUGCCUUCACUUUGGCGUCUCCAACUGAUGAGAAAGAUGGCCGCAGAGAAAAGACGCUGGCUCUGGCAACAUCACUGCUCACCCUGACCACCCCAGAUUUGGUUGAGAUUCACACCAAGUCCCUGCUGGCUUCUCUCUUCUCCAACAAGCUGUCUUAUCACAACCACAAGGAUCAAGCCCAGCUGAAGCACGUCUUGUCGUGCCUUGCGGCGCCAGACAUCACAGGGUUGGACGUGGAGGCGUUCCAACGCAUGCUGGUCACUGUGCGCUCUGUCUCUGUGUCCAGGCCCAACAACCUGGUCAGGUUUGCCGAGAACCAAGGUGCCUCACAGGCCCUGGAGGUGACGGACCUGGAGGAGGAAGCGGCCUCAGAGAGCGAUGAGAAAGUCUGUGUCCCUGGCCUUUAUGCCCUAAAUGAGACCGAGAAGACACAUUUCACAGCCAGGCUCGUCGAUGCCUUCUGGAGGCUACAUGCCUCAAAACCUGCCAACUCCAUGCUGGCUCCUGUCUGCUUGCCAGGUCUGUCCAGCAUUGAUGUGACGGUCAGCGCCCUGGUGGAGGUGAUCCAUGCCUUCACCCUGUGUGACCCUGAGUGUGUCCAGCUGGCCACCAAACACUAUAUGCGCAUGUUGCUCUGCACGGAUCCUGUGGUGAGCUUUGCCUGUCGUCAGGCUUUGAUCCGUGUGCUGAGACCCCGACACAAGAGGAGGCGUGUGUUCAUUCCUUCGCCUCCACACCUCACACCUCAAGGCCCAGAGGAGAUAGAGGAUGAAGACAGCAGCAAGGCAGAGAAGCCAAGCACGCCUCCUGCUGCCAUCUACCUGCCCCCUCACCAGGAGGAGGAAGCUGAGGUCAGCAUGCCUGUCUUAGAGCCAGACCAGGAGCCUGAGCCGGACGACAUCUACGAAGUUGUGGACAACAACAUGAUCAUGGAGGAGGGCGGAGGUCAGGGCAAUGGCAUCCCAGGACUGGAGGACCUAUGGGGGAUGGAUGCAAACUUCCCACCCAUGGUUGAGAUCCCUCCGGAUGCUGACGAUGAGACUAUGGUGGAGCUGGCUAUAGCUCUUAGCCUGCAAGAACAGGGUGGUGGCCAAGUGGCUCAGCUUCCAAGCGGCCUGGCAGGCCAAUUGGCCAACAAUUUGGGCAUCAACCUGGGCCAGGCGGCGGGCAACUUGGGACUUCAAGGCUUAGCCAUUGCACCCACAGCCCAGGAGGAGGAGGAGCUGGAGCUGGAGGAACAGCCUCUGUCCGACACAACCGCCUCGGCCCCAGCUAGCGACGACGAACUGGGCAGCACAGCCGCCACAGACGGGUCCACUCUAAGGACGUCUCCAGCUGAACAAGGCGGCGGCAGUGGGGCGGGCUCAGAGAGCGGGGGCAGUGCUGUGGAUUCUAUUUCUGCAGCUAGCGGUCGCAGCAGCUCCUACGGCUACCACACUAACGAGAGUCUCCCACCUGGUCCGCGGAGUGAAGCCAGCAGCUAUGGCACUUCGGCUGGAUACCUUGCCAUGGCUAAUGAUACCUACGAGCAGGACACAGAUACUUCACACAGACUUCACAGCCUAAGGUUGAACAUUCUGGAAACGCUCCUCAAGUAUUUCCCAGAGGUUCAGAAUGUUGGAGGAGUUAGAGCUAUCCCUUUCAUGCAGGUGCUCCUGAUGUUGACCACUGACCUGGAAUCGGACGAGGACAAGGAUAGAGCAGCGCUGGAUGCAUUCCUCACCACCAUUGUCACAGAACUGCAGCUUUCAGGAAAGGAUUUGGAUCAGAUUUCUGACCGUUCAGAACAUUUUGAAGUGAAGCUGAUCCUCCUACGACUGGUCAGUGUUUUGCUGUCUCGGUCAAGAUCGGGAUCGAAGCAUUCCACUGAGUCCACCUUUGUGAGCAGCAAGACAGCCUCAGCACUCUUGCAGUCUGAGACCAUCCCAUAUUGCCUGCAAGUUUUGAAGAAUUUGCUUCCUUACUGGAAAAACUACAACGCUGAUGAGGAUGAAAAUGCCAGUGUUCCUGGACAGUUGCUGAAACCUCACCCCUCCCACUCUCCCCCGGACAUGUCACCUUUCUUCCUGCGGCAGUAUGUGAAAGGCCAUGCCAACGAUGUGUUUGAAGACUAUCCUCAGCUGUUGACAGAGAUGGUCCUUCGUCUGCCAUACCAGUUGAAGAAAAUUGCUGAUGACCACAAGCUUCAAGGAGCUGUGUUUGACAAGAAGUGGCAUGAUAUGCUGUCAGAGUACAUGUUGACCCAACAGACGCCGUUUGUCAAGAGGCAAGUCAGAAAACUGCUCCUGUUCAUCUGCGGCUCCAAAGAGAAGUAUCGUCAGCUGCGAGAUGACCACACCAUCCAGUCUCACCUUCAGCAGAUGAUGGAGACGUGCAAGAGAGGAGGCCUUGCUGAUGGAGGAGAUGUGCCAGCACACAGCAUCAUCUUGCCCUAUGACACCCUGCUCACCAUGAUUGAACAUUUGAAGGUGGUGUGCGACAUUGCCACCUCUCGACCCUACAACUGGCAGCUGUACUGCCAACUGAAUGCAGACACACUCCCAUACCUGAUGCAGGCUAGCAUUCUCCUGGAUGAGGGCGUGGCCCCCACACUGCUGCAGCUGCUUCAGUGUGCCAUCUGUGGGGUCAAGGGUCAUGGCAGUGCACAGGGUCACAGUGGCUCUGGGAGUUCUUCCACCUCCCCUGUGAAGCAGAGAGGGAGAAAGGACCGAGACUCUGUCAAGAUUAAGAUGGAUGAACUUGAUGGCAGUGGCUUGGGCCUGAAGAGAGAUGGGGAGGAAAGUCGUCCGUUUGACGAGACGCUGUGCCAGGAGCUGGUGAAACAACUCAACACCACGCUGGACACCAGCCUGUUCAUCAAGUUUGUCAGGACCUACCUGCUGGACUCCAACUCGAGCGGGAACCGCUGGAUGGCUCAUGGCUUACUGCUGCACAUCUACAGGAACUCGAGCCAGCAGGAGCAGCAUGCACUGCUCAACUCCAUGUGGGGUCUCUGGCAGGAGCUUCCCAUCUUUGGGCGCAAGGCUGCGCAGUUUGUGGACCUGCUGGGCUACUUCCUGUUAAAGACCUCGGGACUGCCUGAGAAAAAAGUAGCUGAAUAUCUUCAGAAAGCUGUGUCCCUGCUCAAAGGAGAGAACCAAGUGUUGGCCCAUCACCCAAAUGCCACCAUCUACAACAUGCUCCAAGGACUUGUGGACUUUGAUGGCUACUACCUGGAGAGUGACCCUUGCCUAGUCUGUAACAACCCAGAGGUCCCGUUCCAGAUGCUGAAGCUGUCGGCCGUGAAGGUGGACUCCAAGUUCACCACCACCACUCAGAUAGUGAAGCUAGUGGGCAGCCACACCAUCUCCAAAAUCUCUCUGCGUAUCACAGAUCUCAAGAGGACCAAGAUGGUACAAACUUUGAACAUCUUCUACAACAACCGCUCAGUCCAGGCUGUGGUUGAGCUGAGGAACAGACCUGGACUCUGGCACAAAGCCCGCAAAGUCAGGCUGGUCUCAGGCCAGACAGAGGUCAAGGUGGAGUUCCCCAUCCCUAUCGUAGCGUGCAACCUGAUGAUUGAGUAUGCAGACUUCUACGACAACCUUCAGGCCACGGCUGAGACACUGCAGUGUCCUCGUUGCAGCGCCAGUGUCCCAGCCUCGCCAGGCGUCUGUGGCAACUGUGGUGAGAAUGUCUACCAGUGCCACAAGUGCAGAUCCAUUAACUAUGAUGAGAAGGAUCCCUUCCUGUGUAACUCAUGUGGGUUCUGCAAGUAUGCCAAGUUUGACUUCACUCUAUUGGCCAAGCCUUGCUGUGCUGUGGACCCCAUUGAGAAUGAGGAGGACAGGAAGAAGGCUAUCUCUAGCAUCAACUCACUGCUGGAGAAGGCAGACCGCAUCUACAAACAGCUGCAGCUGCACCGACCCUCACUUGAGAGUCUGUUGAUCCAGGUGGCUGAGCACGGCUCUGACAGACCCCCGUCCUCUGGCAAGGAAGUAAAUGGAGCAGCAGCCAGUAGUGUGAACAAAGCUAUCCAGCAACUGGCUCAGAAGUACUGUGGGGAGUGCAAAGCUGCUUUUGACGAGCUCAGCAAGAUCAUUCAGAAAGUGAUGGCCUGCCGCAGAGAGCUGGUGGAGUAUGAUCAACAGCAGAGAGAAGCAGUGGCCAGCAAAGGCCAGGUGCCCAUGCCAACUGGAGCCAAGCCAAAAGCUAUGACGUCAGAGAUGAAGAGCAGUAAGACAAGUGUGGCCAAAGACAAGAAAGAAGGGCUGAAGACGGGCAACUGCUAUGGUUGUGCCAGUGCAGCUGUGGAGCACUGCAUCACUCUGCUCAGGGCCUUGGUCACCAACCCAGACAUGCGGGAGACCUUGUGUAGCCAGGGUAUGAUACAACAGCUGAUAGACCACAACUUGCGCCAUGGAGCCUUGUCUGUACGCACCGAGGUUCGCACCCUUCUGUGUCUGCUGACACGUGACAACCGACGUGGCACCGAGGAGAUGAACAACUUGGUCAUGACCAGGAUCACGGCUGCCAUCAAAGGACACCAGUCCAACCCUGAUUUGGGUUCCUCUGUCCGCCAUGAGAUUAUGCUGCUAGCAACCUCACUUCAUCAGGACGACUCAUGCUGGGAGCAGAGGACAAGAUGUGUGAUGCGGCUGUUCCUGAUGGGGAUGCAGCUGCGUAGCCCUGUGAUCAUGGAGUCCAUCACUCUCCCGUGUCUAAGGAUUCUGCAGGGUCUGGUGCGGCACAACAUCAUCAGCUUUGUCAAUGGCAAAAACAAGGAAAAUGAGAAGGAGGUGUGUGACUGGAUGCCAGCCAAGUUCCACAUGGACGUGAAGAAGUGGCUGGCUGGAGAUUCCCGCUAUUCCUACCUUAACUGGAAGAAGAGACUGCCUAAACAAGCAGCAGAAGCCCCAACAGACUCGAGCAAAGACAAGCCAGUGCUCCCCCAGCUUGAGUCUGGCAAGACCAAGGGCAUGAGGUCGGAGUACCUGAUGGAGAAGUACGCCAACCGCUGGAGGCAACAGAUGUGGAAAGUGCCUGCUGUGACACUGAAGCUCACUCAGACAACAUGGCUGCAGCAAGCAAUGUUUUCCCCGAGCUCUCGUUCUGCCAGGCACACGGCUUGCAGCGUGAUUGAAGCCAUCUCUCAAGUGUUCAGCCGAAGGAAGGAAGUCAUUGACAUGCUCACAGGGUGUCUGGACGAGGUGGGUCGGAGCGGAGAAUGUGCCACGGAGUUCCUGAUCCUGUACAAGAGACUGAUCAGCCAGGACAAGUGGAAAUGUUACCUGGCCAUCAAGGGAGUCAUGCUUCGGCUGGCACACCUCAUCUCAAAGGAAGUGGAACAUCUUCAGUACUUAGAGGAGACUACACUCAGCUCUGACCUGGCUCAGGGCUUUGCUCUCAAGUCUCUCACAGAGCUACUGGCUCUGUUCAUCGAGCAGGAGAACCUGAAACAGCAUUACAAGAACAGGCUGGUGGGCCAUGUGCUCAACGGCUACUUGUCACUGCGCAAGCUGGUGGUGCAGAGAACGAAGCUCAUCGAUGACACGCAGGAGAAACUGCUGCAGAUGCUGGAGGAGCUAACCACAGGAACUGAAUCAGAAACCAAGGAAUUUAUGGCUGUGUGUGUGAAGACCGUCAGGAACUAUCCUCUGGAAGACUACAGGUCACCUGUGUUCAUCUUUGAGCGCUUGUGCAGCAUCAUAUAUCCGGAGGAGAAUGAUGUGGCUGAGUUUUUCCUCAUCCUGGAAAAGGACCCUCAACAAGAAGAUUUCUUGCAGGGAAGAAUGCUUGGCAACCCAUAUAGCUGCAACGAACCUGGCAUGGGCCCACUCAUGAGAGACAUCAAAAAUAAAAUUUGCAUGGACUGUGAGCUGGUUGCACUUUUAGAGGACGACACAGGCAUGGAGCUGCUUGUUAACAAGAAGAUUAUUAGCCUUGACUUGCCAGUGAAAGAAGUCUACAAGAAGAUUUGGCUGCCAGAACACGGAGAGGGUGAUCCUAUGCCAGUGCUCUAUCGUAUGCGGGGCUUGCUGGGUGAUGCCACAGAGGACAUGGUCAACUCCUUGGACUCUGGUUCAGAGGAAGAUGUGGACAAAGAGGAAGUGUACAAAAUGGCUACUGUGCUCCGUGAUUGUGGAGGACUCGAGGUCAUGCUGGAAAGGCUUUCAUCAAUCAAAGAUCUAGUCCUGGGCAAGCAGCUCAUGGUAGUCCUCCUGAAGCUGUUUUCUUACGCUGUCAAUGUCAAGGUCAACAGACAGCAGCUGACUGUGCCAGAGCUCAACUCCAUCAACAUUAUGCUAGGGGCUCUCAAUCUGGCAUUGUGGUCAGAGCAGGAGAGUGCGACCAGCACCAAGGGCCAGACCAUCACUGAACAGAUGCUGCACAUCAUGGAGGUGGUGCUGUUGGAGGCCAGCCAGCAGCCUCCAGAGAAGUACACGGAGUUCUCCCAGCAGUGUGGAGACAAGGACCAGCUCCUGAUGAUGCUGGACAGGAUCAACUCUCCGUUUGUGCGCUCCAAUCCGACCAUUUUGCAGGCCUUGAUGCGACUCAUCCCUUUCCUGGCCUUUGGAGAAGAUGACAAGAUGGAGGCUCUGCUCUCACACUUCAAGCCCUACCUGCAGUUUGAUAAAUUUGAUGAAGAGCACAGCCAGGAUGAGGAGAUCCACGUGGACUGUUUCUGUUCCAUCGCCAGUGCCAUAGAGAGUAACGCCAAUGGCAUCCGUCUGAAGGACCUCAUCAUGGAACAUGGUAUGGUGCAGACUGCUGUAGACUUCAUCCUUAAACAUGCUCCAGAGAUCAAGACCAUGUUGGCAACUGACUCAGAUGUGUGGAAGGAAUUUCUGUCCAAGCCUAGUCUUUCCUAUGUUCUGCGCAUGCUGACAGGGCUCUGCACCAAGCAUGUUCCCACUCAGAACCUGAUUGCAGAGUCGUGCAUCCCUAUUCUGCACAAGCUGGAGCAAGUCUCUUCUGACCAGCAUGUGGGCACCAUGGCUGAAAACUUGCUCGAUGCUCUCAAGAUCAACCCUGACGCUGCCAAAAAAAUCGAGGAAGUGAGACAGCAGACCAAGGCAGAGAAAAAACGGCUUGCCAUGGCUGUGAGAAAGAAACAACUUGGUGCCUUGGGAAUGACGACAAAUGAGAAGGGCCAAGUCACAGUCAAGUCUUCAGUGCUGAAACAGAUGGAAGAUCUGAAGGAAGAGACUGGCCUCACCUGCUGCAUCUGCCGAGAAGGAUAUCGCUACCAGCCGCAAAAGGUUCUUGCCAUCUACACAUUCUCCCGCCGCUGUAACAUGGACGACUACGAGAGCAAGGCCCGCAAGUCUGUAGGCUACUCCACAGUCACUCACUUCAACGUGGUCCACGUAGACUGCCACACCACAGCUGUCAGACAUGCCCGCGGACGAGAGGAGUGGGAGAGUGCUGCACUUCAGAACGCCAACACGCGCUGCAACGGUCUGCUCCCAUUGUGGGGUCCGCAGGUGCAGGAGUCAGUCUUCGCUAGCUGCCUGGCUCGGCACAACAACUACCUGCAUGAGUGCACAGGCAUCCGUGACCUCAACUACAGCUACAACGUCCAUGACUUGAAGCUGCUGCUGUUGAGGUUUGCCCAGGAGAAGUCGUUCAGCGAGGAGAGUGGGGGAGGCGGUCCUCAGUCCAACAUGUACCUGGUGCCCUUUGUCCUGCAUAUGGUUCUCUACGCCAUUAACACUACGAGAGCGACCAGCCGAGAAGAGAAGAACGUGACAGGUUUCUUAGAUCAGCCACCCUCCAAAUGGGCAGAGAAUUGUGGAGAGUGUUCCUGCUGUGACGGACCGGACUGUUCAGGACUACUCUGUCUACAAAACCUUCUUGGUUUUCUUUGGACUGGUGAAUGCGCUCUACAACAAGCUGUUCUCGAAGGUGAAGGUCGUGGAGGGGUCAGUUUGGAGCAGGGUCCUGUUUGAGCACAUCCGCCACAACGACAAGGCCAGCCUGGAACUGUGUGAUGCUGUGCUGGCUCUGUACCAGGAGGAGCUGUUGCCCUGCGAGUCCUUCGCCGAGUUUGUCGAUGUCAUUGGUUUCUUAGAUGUCGUACCAGAGCCGGACCAAUUUCUGCAGGAGACGCUGUCGAGCAUUCCGUGAUUGUGGACGGUUCCCAUACGCCACAAGAAAGCUUUAUUUUCUCAGAGCUGAAUGUUUGCUGUUCUCUAUGCCCCCUUUUCAAAGGUGCUCUCAGCUUGCUGUUGGCCUAAUGUUUGCCUGUCAUUACUGCUUGCUUUUUCACCUUCGUAUUUAGUACUUAUUGUAUUAUGAACCGACACGUUUUAGAUAUUCUAAAUAUACUUUCUUUACAUUUGUUUGUUGUUGUUUUUUUUAAAUUGCAAUGACUCUUUUAUCUCUUUAUGAACUAGAGUAUUUCUGGUUUUCUAUGACGUUAUUUAUUUGAGCCCUGUGCCUACAGGACCUGUUCUCCUGAGCUCCUAUACAUUGAUUACUAGAUAUACACUGCUGCAAGACUAGGCGUAUGUCUGCUGCACAGAACAUGUAGUAAAAGUAGUCAUGUUCAGGCAUGCAGUCUUGGUCCAUCACGUUUGUCCUUUGCCAUUUAAAAAAAAUAAUUGGUCCAGCAGUAAAGUGUUCUGACAGACCAGUAUUGAUGUGUUAUUUAAAAGACUUUUAUCAGUCCUACAAGUUGAAUAUUUCAGAGUCUUUUUUUUCUUCGUUGUAAUCCAUAAAAUAGUUCCUCUCUCCUGAACGGAUAGUUAAUGGGGUCUUCUACUUUUUGCCAAGUGUUUUAUUUUCCUUGAACGUUUCUAGCAGAAUGAGGGCAUCUUUGUUCUGACUCAAUGUAGACUAUAAAUCUGCAACUUUCUUUCAAGAUAGGGUCAGUAACUUUUUCUCAUUUGUACCAGCUUUUCCUUUUUCUUCGACUUUGAAUUUGUUUUAACUUCACCUUUUUCUAACUUUGUCCCUAUCAAGUUCUGAUAUAGUUCAUCCUAUAUCUAGAUUCAUUUUUUAAAACUUUUUGGAGCAGUGAUUUUCUUAUCCUAUGGAUGGAGUGGUUGUUUGAAGAGAAAGAUUUCCCUACACGGCCCCAUUUACUUCUCCUUCCUUAAAUUUAUCAUCUGCAUACUUUGUGAAUUUCACGAUAAAGAAAUAAAUUCUAUAUUUGUCAGAUAAUUUAUUCCAGAAAGCUACCUUUUUUGUGUGUUAUACUUCAUCAAACUGUUGCCAGUUGUUCAUUCUUGUGCUGCCAUGUUUAUUCCUUUUGCUUUAAUUUAUUCGCCAUCAUCAUCAUGAAAUUCUCGUCUUCUUCAUAAUGAUAGCCAUUCUUUCUGGAUGCCAGCUUGUUCUUUUCUUUGCUGCUUUAUAGAUGAGCACUCAGUGCUUUGUGCUAUGAAUAUCGAUGUGCACAAUGAGAUUAGGAAGCUUUGGUAAUUGUGACGAAAAAACACAAUGAUUGUUUUCUGCGGUUUAGAUGUGUCAUUUUAAUACUUGAGAGCUGUGCAGACAGGACAGUUGAGGUCUCAACCCUCUCUGUCCUUUCUU